CCAUUUUUUAAAAUCCAAAAGAUUUUAAAGUUUGUUAAUCAUAUAGAGAAUGUUCAGUACAAAACCAUGUGAACACCACGACCACUAGACCAAGCUAUCACCAUCGAAUCCACAAAAUCUCCAGAGAUUACUUAAUUCCCAAGAAAGUUUUGCAUCAUUACAGGGACAUUUUCUCGAGUUCAACAACAGCUAAGUAAGGAAGAACCUGGGUUCCUGUUAUUAUUUCUUCAGUCUUGAUUUCUUACCUUACUUUGGUUUAUUUUGAGUUAUCUUCUGUUUCCAUUGAUAUAUGGCUUAAGUGUGACUGUCAAUGACAGCUGAACCCAUGUCUUUUUCCCGUUUUCUUUUCUGCUUUGUUCUGAACAAAACCAAUCAAGAACAAGCUUUAUUUGUUUGCCUAUGAUCGAGCCAACUGCUUCCGAAAAUGUCUACUUGAGAUUGUUUUGAUUGUAAAUGUUAUAGAGAAUGCUAAAGUUUGUGGAUUUAUGUUGGUUGUACUAGACAUGGGGCAUAUUAUGUCCAAGUUUGAGUUCAAACAUCGUAUAUUCUGUCCGUUUUAUGUUUUGGAUUCAUGUUGAGUUGGAGAAAAUUCGAUAUUUCAGACAGAUUAAGCAACAUGUUGGCUGCUCGAUCAGAAGUAUGGCGUUUAAAAUUUACAGCUAUAAUGUUGUUUGGAUUCGUGGUCGUCGCGGUAUCGGUGCUUGUUACGGCAGAACCAAGUUUGAGUCACCGAGAUUCAAGUUCCGAUCAAGCCCCGGAGAACAACUAUGUUCACAAAGCGUUCAAGUAUUUGGAGCUUAGCAAUGGACAACGUUAUGAACACCAAUGGCCAAGAAUGAGAUUUAGCUGGAAAAUUGUGGUGGGUUCAAUACUUGGAUUCCUUGGAGCUGCAUUUGGGAGUGUUGGAGGUGUUGGUGGAGGAGGUAUUUUUGUUCCCAUGCUCGCCUUAAUCAUUGGGUUUGAUCCCAAAUCAUCAACUGCAAUCUCUAAAUGUAUGAUUACUGGUGCAGCAGUUGCAACAGUGUGCUACAACAUAAGGCAAAGGCAUCCUACACUUGAAUUGCCUCUGAUUGAUUAUGAUUUGGCCCUUCUGUUUCAACCAAUGUUGGUUCUAGGAAUUAGUGUUGGGGUUGGCUUCAAUGUGAUCUUUGCUGAUUGGAUGAUCACAGUUCUGCUAAUUCUCGUCUUCAUCGGCAUGUCAAUUAAGUCAUUCAUCAAAGGAGUUGAAACAUGGAAAAAGGAAACAAUAAAGGAAAAGGAAACUGCAAGACAACUAGAAUUAACUCAACAUGAAGUUACCACAGAAAACAAAGUAGUAAAACUCAAGGUGUCUCUUAUUGAGAAUAUAUGCUGGAAAAAACUUGGACUCCUAGCUAUUGUUUGGAUUUUAGUACUUGCUUUACAAAUUGCUAAGAAUUAUUCGACGACAUGUUCGGUAGAAUACUGGGUAUUGAAUUUCUUACAGAUUCCGGUGACCGUCGGCGUGUCGUUGUAUGAAGCGGUGCUCCUUUACAAAGGUCGGAGAAAAAUAGCAUCCAAAGGGGAUGUAGUGGCCAACUGGCGAGUUCACAAGCUUGUGAUUUAUUGUGGAUUUGGUGUUUUGGCCGGCAUACUUGGUGGGAUGCUUGGCCUUGGAGGAGGCUUCAUUUUAGGUCCUCUUUUCCUAGAGAUGGGAAUCCCUCCACAGGUAUCAAGUGCAACAUCGACAUUCGCAAUGUUGUUUUCGGCGUCAAUGUCGGUGAUCGAAUAUCAUCUUCUGAAAAGAUUUCCAGUUCCUUAUGCUGCUUACCUUGCUGGUGUGGCCACAAUUGCUGCAUUUGUUGGGCAACAUGUGGUGGGGAAAGUCAUCAAAAUACUAGGGAGAUCAUCCAUAAUCAUCUUUGUUCUUGCUGGGAUGAUCUUUGGGAGUGCCAUUUCAUUAGGUGGGUUAGGCAUAGCAAAGAUGAUCAGAAGGAUUGAAAGAAAGGAGUACAUGGGAUUUGAAGACAUUUGCUCCUACCAGCCUUAGCAUCAAUUUCUGCACAUUAUAUAUUUCAACAACCAGAGUGGAACCAGGGGUUGAUCAAAGGGGACGAUCGAUGAAAGUUGUCCUC